AGCAGAAAACCAAGUGACAAAUGGAGCCUCAGAUGAUUUUCACCUGGAUGCUGCUAUUCAGUGCCACUAUCCUGCAUCACCCAGAUCACACAAUCUCAGCCACAGAUAUUUCCAUAUCACUGAGAUUGGCAAACGGACAGGACAGGUGCUCUGGUCGCGUUGAAGUCUAUUACAAUGGAAGCUGGGGAACAGUCUGUGACGAUGCCUGGGACAUAGCAGAUGCACAGGUUGUGUGCAGACAGCUCGGAUGUGGCCAGGCCACUGAGGCCCCCAUGAAUGCCCGCUUUGGUGAAGGCUCCGGAAGUAUUCUCCUGGAUGACGUGCAGUGCACAGGGAAUGAAUCCUUUCUGUGGCAGUGCUCACACCAGGGGUGGGGAAGACAUAACUGUGUCCACCGUGAGGAUGCCAGUGUCAUCUGCUCAGGUACAUCACUGAAACUGGCGAACGGACAGGACAGUUGCUCCGGUCGUGUUGAAGUCUAUUACAAUGGAAGCUGGGGAACAGUCUGUGACGAUGCCUGGGACAUAGCAGAUGCACAGGUUGUGUGCAGACAGCUCGGAUGUGGCCAGGCCACUGAGGCCCCCAUGAAUGCCCGCUUUGGUGAAGGCUCCGGAAGUAUUCUCCUGGAUGACGUGCAGUGCAGAGGGAAUGAAUCCUCUCUGGACCAGUGCUCACACCAGGGGUGGGGCAGACAUAACUGUGUCCACCGUGAGGACGCCAGUGUCAUCUGCUCAGGUACAUCACUGAGACUGGUGAACGGGCAGGACAGGUGCUCUGGUCGCGUUGAAGUCUAUUACAAUGGAAGCUGGGGAACAGUCUGUGAUGAUGCCUGGGACAUAACAGAUGCACAGGUUGUGUGCAGACAGCUCGGAUGUGGCCAGGCCACUGAGGCCCCCAUGAAUGCCCGCUUUGGUGAAGGCUCCGGAAGUAUUCUCCUGGAUGACGUGCAGUGCAGAGGGAAUGAAUCCUCUCUGGACCAGUGCUCACACCAGGGGUGGGGAAGACAUAACUGUAUCCACCGUGAGGAUGCCAGUGUCAUCUGCUCAGCUUCUUCACCUACCACGCAAGUGCCCACUACUGCAU